AUGCGCCUCCUCAUUCUGCCCCUCAGGCAUUCUUCUCAUUCGUCAGGUGCUCCCGCCAUCUCCCUUCGUCGUGGUCUACGCUCGCAACCCAUCGAACCUGCCUCCAGACUUGCCAUGGAGGGCUCUGACGCCUUCCUAUCAGCGCCGGGUUAUGCACGAGCUCAAAAUAAAGCGGCUUCCAUUUCUGAUCCCAACAAGAAGUUCUCCAUGAAUCUCUUCUUCCUCAUCGUCUGCUUGGUGAAGAUCAUUGCUCGGACCGCGUACGAAGACAUCGUUGCGUUCGGCAAUCUCGUUCGCGCUCAGGACGAAUUAGAUUGGACCAUAGUCAGGGUCCCUAAUUUGCGAGACGGAGAAAAGAUGGAUGCAUUUGCGGGUUCCAUUGGUCAGGCCGGCGUCUUCCAUGAUAGGAUGGCAUUCGCUUCUUUCACCGUCAAGGAGCUCUUGGAGCCACAGUGGAUGAAGAAAAAUGUUGCAAUAUCAUCUGAAGGCGGCCACCGUUUCGACGCUAAACUUUUCAGGCGGAAUAUCUUAAAUUUCUUCGUCAACUUCUCCAUUUCCCUUGAUAUGCGAAUCCUUAUCUUUGGCCCAACAGGUCCCUCAGGCAUCUUGCUCGUCCGCGAAACACUUGACGCCUUCCAAUCAUGCACCCUCAUCCUUUACGCUCGUAACCCCUCCAAAUUACCGACCGACAUCACUUCCAACAAAUCUGUGAUUACUAUACAGGGAGAGCUGGACGAGUACGACAAACUCUCCAAGGCAAUGGAAGGUGUCGACGCAGUGCUAUCUACGUUAGGUCACAAUGCUACUUUGGGGGAGAACCCGUUUCAGCACUCAGAUACGCCUAUCGCGAAAGUAUACGAGCGUAUCAUUGACUUGAUGCACUUUCAUAGCGUUAAACGCCUCAUCGCCCUCGGAACACCCUCCAUGUCAGAUCCGCGCGACAAAUUUAGCUUGGCUUGGUCCAUCAUGAUUGGUAGCGUUGCUACGCUUGCUCAUACGAGCUACCGGGAUGUCGUUGAAACGGGGAAGAUCAUACGCCUGAGGGGGGCCGAUUUGGAUUGGACAAUUGUCAGGGUUCCCAGGAUGACGAAUAAGGAUCAGAAGGAGGUAGUUGCUGGCUAUAUCGGGGACAGGAAGACGGGAUUCUCGUUGUCAAGAGCAGGGUUUGCUGCGUUUGUUGUGAAGGAGCUUUGUGCUAGCAGGCCGCAGUGGGUCAAGGCAGCACCACUAUUGUCUUCUCCGUGA